AUGUUCCGCUCGACCCGGCCUCUGUUCAGCUACUCCGCGAGGGCAAUUGCCCAGAGCAAAAGCCCAAAAUGCCCCUCAAAGGCCCUUUCUACAUUGGCCUUGCAGACCAGCCGACCUAGGGCAAUAAUAUCACCAUUCAGCUUAGCCUGGCGAUCCAAGUAUUCGAGCAAGUCUCCCGUCCCGCCCGACGCAAUCGACAAGAAAGCCGAGAAAGAGAUUGGCCAGAAGAAGCUUGUCUCCGAUCCUCCUGCCGUUACCACCGAGUCCAGCGUCCGCCAUGUCAUUGAGCCUUCCCCUGCGUCGACAUCAGCAGCCGCCAAGGAGGAGCGAGACAUCAGCAGCGGCAUCACACAAGAUCUGAAAACGGUCAAAGAGACUCUCGCCCUGUCCAGCGUGCCCAAGGAACCCUAUUUUCUCGGUCUGGCAGGCACCCUUCCCUACCUAGCCACCUCAAUUUCCACUCUCUUUCUUGGAUGGAACGUGAGGACGGAAUGGCCAACUUCUUCCAACUUUGUGAACAGCUUCCUGCUCAACCCCGAGACUGCUGCCUCUUGGCUGGGCACCCUUGAGCAGAUCCAGCUCGGAUACGGCGCUGUCAUCAUCUCUUUCCUUGGAGCUAUUCAUUGGGGUAUGGAGUUUUCCGAAAAGAAACCCGAACACGACCGAACGCGCUUCCGCUACGGCAUGGGAGUGCUUGCGCCCGCCGCUGCCUGGCCCACCCUCUUCAUGCCCGUCCCAUGGGCCCUCACCUCCCAGUUUGUGACUUUCACCGCCCUCUACAUGGCUGAUACACGCGCGUCCACCAACGGCUGGGCCCCUAGCUGGUAUCCCACCUAUCGCUUCGUGCUCACGUUUGUUGUUGGUGGCGCCAUCUUUAUCAGCCUGGUCGGUCGCGCCAAGAGCGGCUCGGAGACCCAGCCUUUCGUCUUGUCCCGCAUUGAUGACCAGGUCGGCAAGUCAUUCUCAAAGGAGGUUGCGCAGCCCUACAGCCAGAACUGGGCCAAACUAGAAGCGGAGGAGAAGGCAAAGAACCGCAAGGCCAAGGAGGAAGAGGAACGCAAGAAGAAAGAAGAAGAGAAGAAGAGCAAGAAGGGAGGCAACAAGAAGGAGGACGGAAUGAAGGAUGAGAAACAAGGCAAGGAGGGCGAGAAGCAGGAAGAUGACAAGGCCGCCGAUGAGGGUGAUGACGAGGGUGGCGAUGACGGCGACGAAGAGUCUUCUGGAGACGAGGACCAGAAGGGCCAAGACAAGUCCAAGGACAAGUCAGAUGACUCCAAGGACAGGAAGUCUGACAAAAAGAGCAAAUCAAAGGACAAGGACAACAGCGAAAAGGAUAAAUCAGAGAAGGAUAGCAGCGAUGAGAAGCAGGACGAGAGCGACGAUGCGGACAAACAGGAAGAAGGCGGCGCAAAGAAGGACGACAAGCAAGGCAGCAAAGGGGAUGAGGGAAAGAAGGAAGAGAAGAAAUCGAAGAAAUAA